AUGGCCAGCAGUGAUGCACAGAGAAAGAGAUUGGAGAGGGAAAAUGGUGUCCGAUGGUCAGAAUUGCAUGACCUGGUUUACUUUAACCUCGUGGAGUGCACUGUCAUCGAUCCGAUGCACAACCUGUACCUUGGAACAGCAAAGAGGAUAAUGGAGAAAUGGAGAUCUUCAGGUCUCAUCACAGAUGCACACUUGGCCGAAAUGCAGUUGGAUGCUGACAAGCUUGUACUGCCAGAGGACUACACGCCAUUAGGGACAAAGAUCGGGCGUGGCUUCCCAUUCAUGAAGGCCGACGAGUGGAAGUCUUGGUGCUUAGUGUACUCUCCUGUUCUCCUGCGUGGUCAUCUACCUGAAGCUCAUCUCGGUAACUGGACAACGUUUGUCAAUACAUGCCAGUACCUCUCAAUGCCAAGCAUAUCCAUGGCUCACCUUGAUGAAGCCCAUCAAUCUUUGGAGGCUUUUUGCAGAGAGUGUAAGAAGUUGUAUAAAGCCCCAUUCCUUUUGCCAAACAUGCAUCUCCAUCUUCAUCUGCGAGAGACUGUACUGAACUUUGGCCCGGUUUAUGGCUAUUGGCUUUUUAGUUUCGAAAGAUGCAAUGAUAUCUUGAAAAACUAUGCAACAAAUAGAAAAGACUGGUUUGAGGGAACCUAUAUGAAGAAGUAUCUUGAAGAAGUAUAUCAGGGAGAUCUUAUUUACCAAACUUUGUCAAUAAUUCGACCUGAGCAUUUGGCAAUCAUCCUUGAGCUCGCUGCAUCCACUGCCAAUUCCAUAGCCACUUCCACUUCCACUGCCAUCUCAAUUCAAUUCGAUAUCAAUGCUUUUCUUGAUUCUCCUGAGAUCAACUUUGAUAUUGUCAAGAGAAACAAGCCUUUGCCCCCUUCUGCACUUCCUUUAGCUCUAAAGGGGGAGAUUUCCAUGGAUGAAUCCGAGUAUGAGCAUUUGUUGGAAUAA